GUUCAAAAAAAAAAAAACAAUUUGCAAGAGAUAAAUAAAUAUGCGUAUGAGUCCACAAGACAAAUGUGGUCCUCAGCCCCCUCAUUUUUUCAUUAUUUUCUUCCCUCUCUUAAUCUAUUUUUUCUCUUAAAAUCUCAGCUGGCACCUGUUCCCCUGCAACUGCAUCAGUGCGCAUCGUCCUCAUCAAAGCACUUACCCUAGGCUACAUUGAUCAAGGAUGAGUACCUUAGAUACCACCCGUGCAGAACUUGCUCUGCUAAUCUUAUAUCUGAACAAAGCUGAAACCAGAGAUAAGAUUGUCAGGACCAUACAGUAUGGCUCAAAAUUUGUGAGCGACGGUCGGCCUGGUAUAGCUCAGAAUGUUGAUAAAUCUAGUAGCUUGGCUCGAAAAGUUUUUCGGCUUGCCAAGUUUGUCAAUGAUUUGCAUGCUCUUAUCAGUCCACCUGUGAAAGGGACUCCUCUUCCAGUCGUCUUGCUUGGAAAGUCAAAAAAUGCAUUGCUAUCUACUUUCUUAUUUCUGGAUCAAAUUGUGUGGUUGGGAAGGUCAGGUAUCUACAAGAACAAAGAGCGCACUGACUUGAUUGCCAGGAUAGCCCUUUACUGUUGGUUGGGUUCCUCAGCUUGUUCUUCUGUUGUUGAGCUUGCAGAGCUUGGAAGAUUGUCUGCAUCCAUCAAGAAACUUGAGAAAGAGCUGAAGCACACCGAUAAGCAUUCAAAUGAACAAUAUGCUCUGAAGCUUAAGCAAUCAAAUGAGAGGCUUCUAGCUCUGGUGAAAGCAUCUAUGGAUAUAGUGGUUGCAGUUGGGUUGCUGGAACUGGCACCCAAGAAGGUCACUCCUCGUGUUAUUGGAGCUUUUGGAUUUAUAAGCUCUCUGAUAUCGUGCUAUCAGUUGCUUCCCUCUCCACCUAAAUCCAAGGCCCCAUGAAGAAUUCAGCUUCAAUUCUAUGCAGCAUGCCUCCUCUCAUGAAAACAAAAUAUCUUGCCAUAAAUGGUGACUGUUGGCCAUGUUGGUUUAUGUAACCGCUUCAUCCCUUCUCAAAUAAUUCACAUACAAUAUUAGCAGUACAUACAAUAUUAGCAAAGAGGAAAAAGAAGUAAUCUUAGUUACCAGGCCACCAGCUUAAUUGCUGUGUGAAUGAUUCAUUGUGAAAUAAGGUCUCUCUCUCUCUCUCUCU